GAACCACCAUCUUUUGUGAAGAAGGUGGAACCCUCUUAUUUGUUAAGACAGGGAGAGUCAGCACAUUUACAAUGCAAAAUUAAGGGUUCACCUGAUAUCCAUGUCACUUGGUACAAGAACAACACAGCUAUUACACCAAGUGAAAUGUUUAGGAUGACUUUCGACAACUCAAAUGCUGUAUUAGAUAUCACAAACAUGAAAGUUGAUGAUAGCGGAAGUUACACUUGUGAAGCUCUCAAUGAUGCUGGCUGCGAAAGCUGCACUUCUGAAAUUAUUGUUAAAGAGCCUCCUUCUUUCAUCAAAACACUUGAACCAGCAGAAAUAGUA